AGGAUACCCUAGGGCUAGGGCUGAGCAUUCAUUCUUUUCCUUUUCCUUUUCCUUUUCCUUCUGCAAGUUCAAUAUAAACCCAAAUUGUAGUGCUCCUUGUGAUCUUCAUCAAUAACUUGGUGAAGAGGAAUAACUUAUUACGAUCACACGCAAUUCAAAUUCUGUCAUCUAGAGAGAGAGAGAGAGAGAGAGAGAGAGAUAGAAUGGGGGAAGAGGAGGGAGAGAAGAAGAAGAAGAGGGUGGUGGUGGAGUCGUUGGGAUGGCUGACAGAGUCGUCCAUCAUGCCCAAGAAGCACCGCGCCAUCGCCGGCGUCGGCCCCUCUUCUAUCCUCGAUCUCAAGGCCCAGCUCUACAAGUCUCAGGAAGAGUCCAAGCGCUCCAAGGACCAACUGCCCUCCGCCUCCGCCGACUAUCACCGCGCCAAGAAGACGAUCGCUCCCCGCGAUCCCCUCUCUCUCAAGAACUCCGGCGUCGACGCCCGGGCUUUCAAGGAUAGACUUGAGCUCAAAGCAGUCAAUGAUGGCUCAGCUAGCUAUGCAGCACUAGAGAGAAAGGCUGAGAUAUAUGAGAAGUUAAGAAAGGGUGAGCUCUCGGAUGAGGAGGAUAAGGAGAAGUAUUGUGUUGAUUUUUUCCAUAAAAGCCUAAUGCAGGAAGAAUCAGAGCAGCCUCAGGGUCGUGAUAUUUCUACUAUGGAAUCUCCAGAAGAUGAAGAUGGUGACAAUGAUGCUUCAGUGCUGCUUCAUACGCAACCCAUGGGCCUUGGCCGUACAGCUGCAACAGUAGACAAUGAGGAGCAUAAACGUUUAGUAAGGGAAGUUCAUGAAGAAGCAAAUUGGGCAAGGGAAAAAGUGUCUGAACUCAAAUUACGGAGGCAAGAGCAGGCUGUAGCUCGACGGGAGAAACUAAAACAGGCGUAUCUUCGGAAGCAGCUAGAGAAAUUGAAGGCUAAUAAAAUCAAUCCAAUGUGACUCGUAAUGGUGAUAACCCAACAUUCUUUGUGGAUGCCCUGAAUCAUACCGCGGACUAAUUUCUUAUAGCUGGUGGUGGUUUGAGGAGAGCCAUUCCUGCACCUGAGGAAGAUUGUGGCCAGGAGAUUCAAAGCCUUUCCAAAUUCACUGGGUAUGGAACUUGAAGCUGCAAAAAUGCAUCAUGUCUGAUCGGAAGCCAUUACUAGUGCUUUGGGAUGGGAGGAAUAGGACUUGAUUGUCCUCUCAGUUGACUGAAUCACAGGGACUUGCUUAGUUGUACAAUUCGCUGCACCUUGCUUUUAUGGAAGCUCUGAGCCUCUGAUAGUCAUCACCUCCAUUGUACUUGGAAAGGCUCACUCAGAAUUCAUUUAUGCCUUUUGGGUUGCAAGAAUAGUACAAAAACACAACAUUUUAAUAAUAUUCGCAUCUUGCCCAACUCUUGGCACCUACCUGCA